UAUUUAUUGUUGCGGUAAAACAAAACAAAACAAAAGGAGCCAAAUUUUGCGAAUUUUGUGGAUUCCAGACUUAGAAGAAGAAGAAGAAGCAGUAGUUGAAUUCUCAAUUUGUUUGAUUUGAUGGGGACGAGGUCUCAGCAACCAAACCGAGCUGACGACGACGACGACAUGCCCGGCGCUCAGUCCGUCUCGAUGAGCGGCAGUAUGGGCUCGCCGUCCAGCCGCAGCGAGCAGACCCCCGCCGGCGACAAUUCUUCUCUCCGAUUGAAUCAUCCCGACGUUAACGGCGACGAUGCUGGCUCCGUUGGCAAAAAGAAGAAGAGAGGUCAACGGGCUGCAGGAGGCGAUAAGAAUGGAAGAGGACUGCGCCAAUUUAGCAUGAAAGUGUGCGAGAAAGUGGAGAGCAAGGGAAGAACCACUUAUAAUGAGGUUGCAGAUGAACUUGUAGCAGAGUUUUCUGACCCUAUCAAUGGUGUUACAUCUCCUGAUCAGCAACAAUAUGAUGAGAAGAACAUCAGGCGGAGGGUAUAUGAUGCCCUGAAUGUUCUAAUGGCAAUGGAUAUUAUAUCCAAGGAUAAAAAGGAAAUACAAUGGAAGGGUCUGCCUCGAACCAGCCUGAAUGAUAUUGAAGAACUGAAGACUGAGCGCCUAGGACUAAGGAGUAGGAUUGAAAAGAAAGCUGUCUAUCUGCAAGAACUAGAGGAACAAUAUGUAGGUCUUCAAAACCUGAUACAACGAAAUGAGCAAUUAUACUGCUCUGGAGAUGCUCCCAGUGGGGGUGUGUCUUUACCUUUCAUUCUUGUGCAGACUCGCCCCCAUGCAACUGUUGAGGUGGAAAUAUCAGAGGAUAUGCAACUGGUGCAUUUUGACUUCAAUAGCACCCCAUUUGAGCUCCAUGAUGAUAACUAUGUCUUAAAGGCAAUGAAAUUCUGUGAAAGGUCGCAGGGUGAUGGUAAUCAUGGUAUGACACAAAACUACGUUGCAGAUGGAGGAGAAGGGUGUAGCAUGGCAGCCAUGUAUCAACAGCAGAUCCCUUCGCAGAUCCCUCUUCCUCCAAUGGUGAACACACCUGUCAGGCCUCCCACCUCACCACCUCUUCCGGGGAUAAUAAAAGCACGCGUGAAGCAUGAGCAUUGAUAUGCAAUUGCAAGCUUAUUAAUCAGGCCAUGGGCAAUGAUAUUAGCAUCUGUAUAUUGUGGAGAGAAAUUUUCAGGAAGCAAAUAGGUCCAGAUCUCAUUAGAUUUGGUAGUAAUUUGGAUGUAGUGUAGGUUACAGCAGAUGAGUUAUCUGGGAGGGUUGGGUCUGGCAUUCUUCGCUUUGGGCCCCCUUUGUAAUUUGUUUCCAAUUCUUUUUAUUUAUGCUGUUUUUAGGCGCAGCUUUGUACUAGAAAUCAAAGUUUGAUAUGUAGUCUGUAGAGGAUUGUCCAACUACAAAUAGAAUCAUAGAUUAUUUCGACAGUUUC